AUGUACGCGCCGAGCAAGCAGGGGGAGCAGCCGUCCGUCGAAGUGUCCAAGGAGUUCAUGAUGAGCCCCAACAAAUUGUACUUGAAGCUUAAAAAGAACAGUAUUAAUUUAUACCACCACGGCGAGAACAUAGCCGUGAACGUGCACAUAGCGAACAACUCGAACCGCUCCGUGAAGCGGAUCAAGGUGUCCGUGCGGCAGUUCGCGGACAUCUGCCUGUUCUCCACCGCGCAGUACAAGUGCACCGUCGCUGAGGCGGAGAGCGAAGAAGGCUGUCCUGUAGGCCCAGGGUUCACGCUCAGCAAGGUGUUCACAUUAACACCGCUAUUAGCUAACAAUAAGGACAAAUGGGGUUUAGCGCUCGACGGACAACUAAAGCACGAAGACACCAAUCUCGCUUCUAGCACAUUGAUAGCGGAUCCCUCACAGCGCGAGAACCUCGGAAUUAUUGUACAGUACAAAGUGAAGGUCAAAUUGUGUUUGGGACCACUAGGAGGCGACCUGAGUGCAGAACUACCCUUCAUCCUGAUGCACCCGAAGCCGGAGGAGGAGCCCCGCGCAGCGCCCGACCCCGCGCCCGCCGACCACGACCUCAUCCAGCUCGACCCGCACCCAAACGAAAAUGGCCAAGAACAAGACGACGACAUAAUCUUCGAAGACUUCGCGCGCCUCAGGCUGAAGGGCGCGGACGCUGAUGCUUGAACAUUAUGCUAACAGCGCUCUCUUACUGAACUACAUUCUAUAUUUUGUUAUACCAAACGCACAAUUGUAUCGUACUUUUUGAAUUUUCAUAAACAACAUUGUUCGUUUUGAAAUCCAUCGAAUGACCAUAGACACAAGAAAUAAGUGUUACCAUCCUUAGCGAAAAGUGUUAUAAUCUGUAUUAAAAUAAAAAUGGUGUAUAAAA